AUGCACUUCUCAGCUCUUGUUGCCCUCACUACGGCGACAUCCGUACUGGCUUCCCCGGUCCAGCAGCAAAGCGGCAUAGCUAGGCUGCAGCUGAAGCAAGUCAAUCGCGCCAAGUCGGCAAGCGAGAUCGCGGAGCAUACAAAGGCUCGCAUUGCCAGUUUUGGAGCCGGCGGAGACAAGGCAACUGGCCCGAAAUCUGGACCAGCCGAGAACUUGGUCGUGAGUUAUGUUGCGAACGUGACCGUCGGGUCUGGCACCUAUGAGCUCAUCGUUGAUACUGGAUCGUCUAAUACCUGGAUCGGGGCAGACAAGGCUUAUAGCCCAGGCCCCAACAGCAAGGACACUGGCCACUCGGUCCAGGUCGGUUAUGGAUCUGGAGGUUUCUACGGCGAGGAGUAUCUCGAUACCGUAACCAUCGCGGGUCUUUCUGUGCCAGGUCAGGGAGUCGGCGUUGCCUCGUAUAGUCGGGGAUUCCACAACGGUGUCGACGGCAUUUUCGGUGUUGGCCCAGUGGCGUUGACCAAGAACACUGUUUCAGAUGAGGCAACCGUCCCUACGUUUCUCAACAAUCUCUUUAAGAAGAGCCUCAUACCACAAGAGGUUUUCAGUGUCUAUUUCCAUCCCGAGACUGGAGGUGACAGCAACGACGUCAACGGCGAGCUGACUUUUGGUGGCGUGGACAGCACGAAAUUUUCUGGCCCGAUUUCCUAUGUCCCGACUCAAAAGUCUGGUGGUGCUGCCCCCUUCUGGGGCGUCUCGGCGAGCUUUCAGUAUGGUUCCAAGAAACUCGGCAACACCAAUGCCGGCAUCGUCGACACUGGCACCACCCUCAUUGCCCUGCCCGAUGCUGCUUACAAGGCCUUCCUGACUGCGUCUGGUGGAGCUUACGACCAGGCCACUCAGUUUGUCCGCUACUCCAAGAAGCCUACGUCCUCGUUCAGCAUCACGCUUGGUUCCACGACGUACACUCUUACCCCCGACCAGUACUUGGUCCCCAAGGACCAGUAUGCAAACCUGGAGGGCUUCAAUCCGUCUUACUACUAUGCUUGGAUCGGCGACGGUGGGAGCGGUGUUGAUGAGUACGGCAAUGCUGUACCUGACGCAGUCAUUGGGCAGAAAUUCUUGGAGCACUAUUACUCUGUCUAUGACACCACCAACUCCCGCGUUGGAUUUGCAAAGGCUGUUUGA